CCUUUCUCAGUUGCUACUUCAUUUUCUCAACCUCCCUAUCACCUCUCUCCAUCUUUUCUACCACAGCUAGCUCCUAUAGAAAUUCUAUUCAGAGCCACCUUCUACCCGUUGCUGACAGUUCACCUAGGAUUCAACAAAACUUGCUGUUUAAGGAUAAUUUAUCCCAUCAUAGCGGGUGGGUCUUGCUCCAAAAUGGGUAGGCACUCUUGCUGUUACAAGCAGAAGCUAAGGAAAGGCCUAUGGUCACCUGAGGAGGAUGAGAAGCUUCUGAGGCAUAUUACUAAGUAUGGUCAUGGAUGUUGGAGCUCUGUGCCCAAGCAAGCUGGUCUGCAAAGGUGUGGUAAGAGCUGCAGGUUGAGGUGGAUCAAUUACUUGAGGCCUGAUUUGAAGAGAGGCACAUUUUCACAGGAGGAAGAGAACCUUAUAAUUGAACUUCAUGCAGUUCUGGGGAAUAGGUGGUCUCAAAUUGCAGCACAAUUGCCUGGGAGAACAGACAAUGAAAUUAAAAAUCUUUGGAACUCUUGCCUAAAAAAGAAGCUCAGGCAGAGAGGCAUUGACCCAGUCACUCACAAACCAAUUUCUGAGGUUGAGAAUGUUGAGGACAUAGAUACAUCAGCCAAAAGCCGAGACAAAAUGUCGGUGUUGUCCAAUGAACUGAAUCUCCUCAAGGCAGAGAAUUCAAACCAAGAAGCUACUUUACUUGAGCAAAGACCAUCUUCAAUUGCUUCCCAAGGCUACCCUUUGGAAGUGCAAGGCUCUUCCAGCUCCAAAAUAACGAACAACAACAACAACAACAAUUCAAUGACACCCAGAGCUAACAAGGACUUCUUUCAAGAAAGGUUUGUGACAUCCCACCAAGAAAGUUCCACCACCAAUGAUUUGGUGGGGCAUUACCCACUUCAGCAAUUGAAUUAUGCAUCCAAUGCCAGGCUCCAAACAAACUCAAACUCCAACUCCAAUCAGUGGUUCAUCCAAACUGGGAAAACAUUUGAUAUGAAUUCUGAAUACACCUCCAAUGCAAUAUCCACAAUUCUCCCACCUUCAACCAGCUCAUUUCUACCUCCCUCUAUUGGUUACAAGCCUUCACUUACUUUUCCCACAGAUAACAUAUCCAUUGGCUCUUUCAAUGUUAAUGGAUCCCGUUACUGGGAAACAACCAGUGCCUCCACAACCACAAACAAUAGCAAUAGUAGCAGUGGAAGCAGUAGCAGUGCUGAGCUACAGCACAACAGUUCCUUGUUGGAGACUAGCAUGUUUUCUUGGGGAUUGGAAAGCCAACCAGAAGAUAUCAAGUGGACUGACUAUUUUAAUAACCCAUUAUUGGUGGCGGCUGCUUUACAAAAUCAAACUCCACAGUCUAUAUACAAUGAGAUAAAAUCAGAAACUCAAUUGGUAACUGAGAGUUCAAGUGCUAUGUGGCCUCAUAGCAAGCAGCAAGGAACUCUACAAACUUCUGAUAUUUGUGGUAAGGAUAUCCAAAGACUUACUGCAGCCUUUGAACAUACUUAGCUUGAAUUAACAUGUCAGAGGAAGGAAAACAAAAACAAAACAAAAAAAAACACUGCAGAAUUUUCAGUUACAAGAGGCUUCAACAAUUGCUAGCUGAUUUCUUAAUACAGGUGUGUGUGCCACAUAAAUUCUUCUCUUGUAUAUAGGUCAGAUGAUACAAAAACAUUUCUCAGCCUCUGGUUUUUGCUAUAUUUUUUUUAUUACCUUUGUCCUUCUUCUUGUGUGGGGUAGAAUUGCAAAAUAAGGCUUGUACUGGUGUCUUUUACUCUUCUUUGCCUUAUUGCAUAUGGUCUAUAAUGUUGCGGUUCUAUCUGGUGAAAAAUUUGGAAAAAUUUCUGUUACUCAA